AAAAAAAAUCGCGAGUUUUCCGCGGUUGUUUAUGAUUUUUCCAUUUUCGUUGAUGUAGAACGUAUUAUAUUUUAAAUUUGUUACCAUUUGUUUUGAAAAAAAAAUGUCCUUUGUAUCGUUAAAUCAAUAUCUUAACACUAUUGAAGAUUCCCUUCGUGCUGGAAAUGGCGAUUAUACAGCCAUGUGUCUUUCAAUUCAAGAUGUUCAUGCUUUUAACCCAAAAAUUUACUCUGCAUAUAAUGCUGAUUCAAGUGUUAAAAGAAUUUUUCAGCAACCAUGGGAUGAUGUUGUAUUACUUCAUAUUAGGUGUAUCCAUGAAAUUAAUAAAGAAAAUUAUGUGGAAGCAUUCAAGCAUCACUUUUCUUUAAUACAGACAUUCACAAAGAUCUUGCAAACCCAGAAAGAUGAAAAUUGGGCUUUGCCAAUUAUGUAUACAUUAUGUUUGGACUUGAGGAAAAUAGCCACUAAAGCUGAUAAUCAAUUAGACAAAAAAGAAAAACCUCAUGAAAUGCUUGAGAAGGGAGCUGAUCUUCUGAUGGGAUUCUUCAGAAUAUGUGUUGGUGACAACCGAUCUUUGCAAGAAGACACAAAACGAUGGGGCAUUUUGAAUUUAACAAAUCAACUGUUCAAAAUAUACUUCAAGGUUAAUAAGCUUCAUCUUCUAAAGCCUUUGAUACGAGUUAUUGAAAGCUCUAAUUUGAAGGAUCAGUAUCCAAUUGCUCAAAGAGUGGCUUAUAAGUAUUUUGUAGGGCAACAACAAAUGUUUCAAAGUAAAUUUAAAAUAGCUGAUGAAAAUUUAUCAUUUGCCUUUUUACACUGUCAUAAAGACUCGAAAAGAAACAAGCGUCUAAUUUUAAUAUUUCUCAUCACCGUAAAAAUGGUCUUGGGUGUUAUGCCUUCAAUGUAUCUUUUACAAAAAUAUGAUCUGAUGGAAUUUGCUGAAGUUGUUCAUGCUGUAAAGGAUGGUGACCUUGAAAGAUUUGGCAGAGCUUUAGAAGCUUCAGAGGAUUUCUUUAUAAAGUGGGGAAUUCGGUUAGUUCUUGAAAAAUUAAAGACCAUUAUAUACAGAAACCUUUUCAAAAAAGUUUCCCUCUUGCUGCAAACUCAUAUUAUUCCUGUAAGUGCUUUCAAAGCUGCUUUAAACUUGAAAAAGGAAUAUGAAGAUGAUGAUGAAAUUGAAGAUGCAGAAGUAUUGUGUAUUCUUUCCAACUUAAUUCAUGAUAAUAAGAUGAAAGGCUACAUUUCUUACCAACAUUUAAAAGUUGUCCUGAGCAAACAGAAUGCUUUCCCUCCAUUGUCCACUACUGAAUGAUCAUUUUUUAUGUAUAUAAGUUGUUUACUCGCUUAAUAAACUGU